AGACUCAUGGAGCGCAAUAAAAACCCUCCGCCCUUCAGUCUAGAAGGACCAGGGAGAGAAGUUCAGCAGCUACAGAAUAUGGCUCUGGGGGUUGCAAUGGUAGUCUGCCUCCUGUUCAAAGCCAUGGCGGCCGCACUGACGGAAGAAGAAGCUGAGGUGCGCAUGGCACCUCCUACCCCAGCACCGCAGAGCAACCGGACAGUUAACGACACAGAAGCUGACUACAUAGAAGAACCUGUAGCUUUGAAGUUCUCCCACCCUUGUCUGGAAGACCACAACAGCUACUGCAUUAACGGAAUGUGCGCCUUCCACCACGAGCUGGAGAGAGCCAUUUGCAGGUGCUUUACCGGUUAUACGGGAGAAAGAUGUGAGCAUUUGACCUUAACUUCGUAUGCUGUGGAUUCUUAUGAGAAAUACAUUGCAAUCGGGAUUGGCGUUGGAUUACUAAUUAGUGCUCUCCUUGCUGUCUUAUAUUGCUAUGUAAGAAAAAGAUGCUUAAAUCUGAAAUCACCGUACAUCAUUUGCUCUGGAGGGAGACCACUGUGAGACCUUGCAAGGCAUAUUCUUCAAGUCAUUUGUCAAAAGCAAUGGGGACUCGGAUGGAGAUCUUCAGAUGAUACAGAACGUGACAAACUAGCUUGAAGAUAAUGGAAGUUUGGGUCACAACGCAAUACGAGGAUAACAUUGAGCAUUGAUUGGUUCUCAGGUUUGCUGUCUUCGGGUGCCACAGGAGCUGUGUGAACAAGCUACGCAGACGCCAAGUUUACAAUGCUACUUUGGGCUUGUUAUUGUGUGGUCAUUGCCACUGUAGGAGGACUUGUUCCAUGCUUCUGAUCAUCUCAAAUGUGAAUUUUCAUUUUCAUCAUUUAGUCCACAUCAAGUCAAAGUAAUGUCAUGCCUGUGUUCUUCACGUACGCAACAUUUUGACCACCUGUCUCAACGGACCUGAUCUCAAACCUUCUGUCCUCGUGCAAUUUCAGGGAAUUUGGUAUCAUCUUCUAAAUGAAACCAAUGAAUGGCUCUUUGAGUGAACUAAAAAUGCAUUCAACCCAAACCACUGAAAGAAAACGGAGUACCCAAGGCAAGCAUAAAUUAUACCCAGCUUGGGACAACAGUGUGCAAACUUUAUUUGCGGAGUUUGGAAUAGCAAAGGAAUUCUCAAGGAUGGAAAGUCACCUGGACAGCAAAUCCUGAGUAGGCAAAACUGCUCCUUCUCUAUGGAUUAGACAGCCUUGGGUUGGGAUAAUCGGUCCCCUGGUCCUCUUACUCAUCAUCCCAUCCUUCCAUAAGGCUCACUGGCGUCCAUCACCUGAACUGAAGUCCUAGAAUUCAACAAGAAACUAUAAGCCUCCAACUGAUCCCAGAAUGGAAACUGAGAACUAGAUAUAGGAACAACAGCUUGUAGGAUGUUACCAUUCUUGAUCGAUAACAUAUUUGUGCUUAGGUAAAAAUGGAACAAUGGUAGAAAUACUUAUUUGGAAAUCAGGAUCCUUCGUUUGAAUUGUGUUUCUGCCACAUGAUCCAGUCUUGGACAUGUCUUUUACUCUCUUUGGGCUUUGGUUACCUUUUCUUCAAUACCCAUGUAGCUCUAAAAUUGAACUAUAGAAGAAGAGAAAAGAGGCCCAACUCCUAUAUCUGUACUGUAAAUGAGAUUAUCUUCAACUCUUCCAUUAUCAACCCAUGCCUAAUACCAAAAUACCCAUGGGUGCCAUCCUUAGUAUAUAUCUUAAUGUUCAGUUUUUAAGACAAUAAUUUAUUUUAAGAGUAAAUACAAAUGAGAUUACAGAGUAUUAACAGCUAUUGUUUUUCUUUCUGCAUUUAAUCUAGAACUAAGGACUUACUUCUUUUUCUCAGAAACAGAACAAUUUGACCGUGAGAUUAAUUAAAAGAAAGUGAUGCUUGGCUAUUCUUACAAUAGCAGCUAGUCCUAAACCCGAUGCCUGUACUGGCCUAGCGUUCCAUCCACACUUUAGGUAGGUACACUACGCCCUGCUUUCCUCUGAGAGGUGUUUCCUCCAGAAGGAAUGCCUUGCCGCUGUGUGUGUGUGUGUCAGCACUCUCUGCACAUGAAGUUACAUCACGCCGAAGGGUGGGGAGUGACGGCCCCACCCAGUGACUCCUACAGCCCCACCCAGAAAGCAACCUCUUCCCGAGCAUUUCAAAAAGAUGGAGAUUUUUUGCCUAGGAGAUGUUGG